UUGUAGGAAGCCAAGGCCCAAAGCCAACUUCCCUCGGGCAGGAGGGCUUCAAUCUCAAACCUUGUUCUCUCUUUUCUUUUUCCAUCUCUGAUUCUCUCUCCCUUUCGUCUCUCUGCGGUUCGUUGACCUCCAUUUCUCUCUUCGAGAGACCGGAAACCACUUUUCUUAAGUUCAAGAUCUGCUCCCUCAAGUCUCGAUUUAUUGGAAUCCAAGAUCUGUUGAAGGAGCACCAACGAUUGCGUCGAAGAAGAAUGGUUUUGUGGGAUUUUGGUUUUCGGAGUUGUUAAAUGCUCGGUUUGCUGAUCGGGGGUUUGCGUUAGUGGGUUGUGAAAUUGUUUGUUCUGGAUUGGUGCGGGGGAAAUGUCGAUUGUACCCAAGGGCGACCUUCCUGUCCAUAUUCGAGAAGUCUGGGACGAUAAUCUCGAGGAGGAGUUUGCUUUGCUUCGAGAUAUCGUUGAUCGUUUUCACUAUGUGGCUAUGGACACUGAGUUUCCUGGGGUGGUUCUACGGCCACUGGGACCUUUCAAGAACAUCAAUGACUGCAACUACCAGACUUUGAAAGACAACGUGGAUAUGUUGAAGUUGAUCCAGUUGGGUCUCACAUUUUCGGAUGAGAAUGGGAAUUUACCCACUUGCGGAACUGAUAAGUGUUGCAUUUGGCAGUUCAAUUUUCGCGAAUUUAAUGUGAGCGAAGAUAUAUUUGCUAAUGAUUCAAUUGAAUUGUUACGCCAGUGUGGUAUUGAUUUUAAGAAAAAUAGCGAGAAGGGGAUUGACGUGAAGCGCUUUGGCGAGCUCUUGAUGUCUUCAGGGAUUGUCUUGAAUGAUGAUGUUCACUGGGUUACUUUUCACAGUGCUUAUGAUUUCGGGUACUUGCUUAAGCUGUUGACCUGCCGGAGUUUGCCUGACUCACAGGCAGGAUUCUUUGAUUUGAUCAACAUUUAUUUCCCAAUGAUUUAUGACAUCAAGCAUAUGAUGAAGUUCUGCAACAGUCUUCAUGGUGGGCUAAACAAGCUCGCGGAGUUGUUGGAGGUGGAAAGGGUUGGUGUAUGUCAUCAGGCAGGCUCCGAUAGUUUGCUCACGGCGUGCACAUUUAGGAAGCUGAGAGAUAACUUCUUCAAUGGCUCGACUGAGAAGUAUGCUGGUGUUUUGUAUGGUCUUGGUGUUGACAAUGAAAAGAGUACUAAUUUUAAGGAAUAACUGGAGAAAGAAAAGGUUUGAUUAGUACAUGUAGACUACUACAGUGUGAAAUUUUCAGUUCCCUUUGUAUGCUUUGGAAGAAAAGUGAUUGUUGUUUUAGCAAUGACCUUUGUGCACAUGAAUUGUAACCUUCAACCUUGACUGGUUUUAUAGUUUGAGCUUCCUGUAAAUUAUAUGCAGUUAGUGCUUCAAUAAUAGUCUCUGCAUUUGCUUGGACGUUCGGU